CGAUGGGUUUGUUCAAGCUGUCAAACGGGCUGCGGCACACACACACACCGCAAAACACCAGAAAUAAUACAGCUUCACAUCACAUCCACCUUCCUACCACACCUUCCUCCACCCUCCCACCCUCGUCUCUUCACCAAACCGAUCCUCGAUCUUAUACCUCCCCACUCAGAGGGGAUCUAAACCCGCCAAAAUGCCAUACCUCCCAACCUCCCAAUCCUACCUCGAACAAUCCUCUCUCCUCCUCCAAGCCUACCCAGACACGAGAAUCACAACAAAAUACACAUUCCCGCGCACAACAUCCACCUCCACAUCCACAAAACAACAGCAACAACAACCCACAUCAACAGAAGACACCGAACCCAAGCCCCGCAUCGCCACUCUCGAACUCAAAACCUACCACCCGGGAUCAGGCAUCUGUUUGAAAUACCGCACGAACAAGGGCGCCGAGGUGGGCCGGUUGAUCACCUCGUUGGGGAAGUUGGCGGCGGGAGCUGAUGUUGAGGGGUUGGGAUUGAGUAAUCCUACUGCUGCUGCUGGUGCUGCGGAUGUGGAGAUGGGGGAUGCUCCUCCUGCUGGUGGUGCUGGUGGGAAUGGAGAGGGGCAGACGGUGGUAGCUGGGGAUAGUAGUAAUGCUGGUGGUGCUGGGAAGGGAGGGAAAGGGAAGAAGAAGGGGGGGAAGGGGAAGAGGUGAUUGAUUGAUUUAUCUAUCUAUUUCUUUUUCUCUCUAGCUGGCUGGCUAUUUAUUCAUUACUUUCUGUUUCUUGAGGUGUGCAUAAUUUUUUUUAUUUUAUAUAAAGGUUUGGUGGUGAGGAUUCAUGUUCAUGAUCAUAGCUGGGAGAUAUUCGUAUCUAUUUAGUCGGUUGCAUUCACAUGUUUUCUUGAAGUUAGGACAUUUGAAUGAUAUAAGUACGAAGUAUGCUAGGUGAUCUACGGAUUAUCAGAAAUAGUCAAUAUAGAAAAUAU